AUGUUCGGGUUUUUUCUGCUUCUGUUCUUGAGAGUCAGUUUAGGUUUUGCCAUUGAACUUAGUGAUUCGGACUUUGACUUGCUUGCUUUCGGACAGAACAAGUAUUCUCUGGUAAACUUCUACUCCAAAAGCUGUGCACAUUGUUACCAUCUGGCUUUUCAUUACGAUCCUCUCGAGACCCUUUUCAAUAAUACAGAUGUGCAAAUCAUUAAGAUUGAUGGUAUCACCAACAAAGCAGUGAGGGCUAGAUAUGGUAUCAAUACUUUCCCCAAGGUAAUUCUUUUCGAUUCCAAUGGUCAAAUAGUUGCCCAGUUUCAGAGCGAAAGAACAACGGAUAACUUGGUUACCUUUGUUCGGACCAACACGGGCGUAGAGCCAAAUUAUCCUGAUUCCUCCGUCGUGCGAUUAGCUGGGACGGACGACUUCGAGAAAACAAUCAAUUCUGGAAAGGAAGUUGUUAUGGCUUUCGUUUACCCUUGGACACAGAAAUGGGAUAACAUACACCACUCGUUCUACGAGAAUCUAGCACACCACUAUAAUGUGGAGAUGGCAGACUCUUCGGUGGUGUUCUGUGUCGUGGAUGCGGCGAAUCCUGAAAAUGCAGAGACUGUCUCACUACUUCAGGUAGACAGAUAUCCCACCGUGUUCAAGUUUCCGGGAGCCAGUUCUGCCAGCGCCGAAGUCCGCAAGAUAGAUCACAAUAUAGACCAAGACGACGUGGUGGGCCUUCUUCGCGGCGAGAUUGGCCAGACCCUGUCGCUGGUCAAACUCCGUGAACUCAAGGAUCAACUACAAGCUGAAGACAGCUUUCAUGAUGAUGAAGCCACCGGCUGGUUCCACGAAGAUUUAUGA